AUGGCAUUUGACUGGCGGAGUUAUAUGGGUUCUGAAAUACAUGUAGCACCAGUGCAUUCUUUUCAUCAGAUCCAUAAAGAUGAAGACGAAGAUGAAAAAGAUGAUGAUAAUGAAGAGGAGAAGGAGGAUGGAGAUGAGAAUGAUGGACCUAGAUGUCCAGGAUGUAGUAAAGAUUGUGAAGAAUGCCAGUGUGAAGAAAUAUUAAAAACAUUUCAUCAAGUGAAUCAGCAGUUAUAUGAAUUAGGAUUACUGGAGAGAGUCUCGUCAGAAGCUGUUACGUCUAUAAUUCAAAGCAAAAUAGAACACCAUAUUAAACAUACUUGUAAAGGAGAAUUUGAAUCAUCAUUUAUAGAACCAUUAGAAAAGUGCGAACCAGUCAGGAAAUAUCUCAGAACUCGUGAAGACACAGUUCGUUGUAUUGUAUCCAGUCUAACUGACGACGGCAGCAGUGAAUUAGCCGAUGAGUUGGUCAAAGGAGAACCGCUCUUAAUGGAUGAGAAUUAUUACAGCGAUGAAGAAAAUGGAGAUCCUGAAACGUGGCAACCUGAUCCAAUUGAUGCUGAUCCAGCAAAAACAUCUAAAAGUCGUCGCUCCUCAGACAUCAUCAGUAUGCUUGUUAACAUAUAUGGUAGUCGCGAACUUUUUGUCAAUGAAUAUCGAACGCUGCUUGCCGAUAGAAUUCUGUCCAGUUUUAAUUACGACACUGCCCGUGAAAUUCGUUAUCUUGAACUGUUGAAACUUCGGUUCGGAGAAUCGCAACUACAUUACUGUGAAGUGAUGCUGAAAGACGUGGCGGAUUCCAAGAGGAUCAACACUCACAUCAAAGAAUUAAAAGAUAAGGAAGAAAAAGAAAAAACGGAGAAAAAUGUGGACUUGAACACCAUGAUUCUAUCAGCCCAGUUCUGGCCAUCAUUCCGGGAAGAGAAACUAGAUUAUAAAAUGCUGUUGUCCCAGAAACUUCUUUUAAAUACAUGGACAAUAAACGAGCUAAGUAGUGUGAUGAAAGUACCUGUAACUGCACUGAGACGUAAAAUGGCUUUUUGGCAAAGUCAGGGAGUACUCAAAGAGCAGUCAACAGAUACAUUUGUAUUGAUUGAAGAAAGACCAGGUGGGCGUGGUAGCCAUGAGGUCAUGAUUAUUGACAGUGAUGAAGAGACUGAAUCUGCCAUGGCUUCUGCUCAGGAUCAAAGAGAAGAAGAAUUACAGGUAUUCUGGUCCUAUAUUGUUGGUAUGCUGACUAAUCUGGAGAGUUUGCCUUUAGAACGUAUUUACUCCAUGUUAAAGAUGUUUGCAAUUCAAGGACCAAUGUCUACUAUUGAGUGCAGUGAGGAAGAACUCAGACAUUUCCUGGACAGCAAAGUCAAAGAACAAAAACUGGUGUUUUCCGGCAGUGUCUACAGGCUACCAAAAGGAACCAGUUAA